CCCCUUUCCCUCCUUUGUCUGUGUUCCACUCCACUCUUCCUUUGUCUCCAUCUACUUCCGUUUUCCACUGUCACAUUGGUUCUUCACUCCCCACGCCAUGAAAAUCACGCUCAGACUAUAAUCCUUACCAAUUCUCUCUCUACAAACUUCCAUUCAUAGCUAUGUCUUCUCCUCUCCAUUUGCCCGAACUCCAUUUUCUCUCUCCUCAAAUCACCCACAAACGCCGUAUUUCCCUCUCUAAACUCCCCUCCUCAGCUUAUUCCUUUUCCCGCCACGCCGCCUCCAACGUCACUCUCCGCGCCGCGCGAAUCCGCGCCUCCAGAGAUGAUUCAGCGGUGGCUGAGCGAGUGGAUGACGUCAAAUGGAGCGGAAACGGCGCUCCUGCCGCUAAUGGAAAGGACCGAGAUGUUGCCGACGGCAAUGGCGCUGUCGAGCGAUUCGCUAACGGCGCCAGUAAUGGGAGCUUGGUGACGUACGGUUACGAAAACGGAAACGGAGUUGCUACGGAGGUGGUGGUGGAGGUUGAAGCGUCCAAGCGGAACGAGGAUGGGAGGAAGAAAAGGUUGGAGGAAAUUGGGAAAGAAGACGCGUGGUUUAAACAGACCGGGAGCGAACAAGUCGAGGUGGCAGUUGCGCCUGGGGGUCGUUGGAGCAGGUUCAAGACUUACUCUACAAUACAAAGAACUUUGGAAAUUUGGGGAUUUGUUGCCACGUUCGUUUUUAAGGCUUGGCUGAACAGCCAGAAGUUCUCUUACAAAGGAGGAAUGACUGAGGAGAAGCAAACCUUAAGGCGGAAGGCCCUUGCCAAAUGGCUGAAGGAAAGCAUCCUGAGAUUAGGUCCUACAUUCAUCAAAAUUGGCCAGCAGUUCUCCACGAGGGUGGACAUUCUUCCUCAAGAAUACGUUGACCAGUUGUCCGAACUUCAGGAUCAAGUUCCUCCAUUCCCUUCAGAGACCUCUGUAGCUAUUGUUGAAGAAGAGCUUGGAUCUCCUAUAGGUGAUAUAUUUGAUCAGUUUGACUAUGAACCAAUAGCUGCUGCUAGUCUUGGUCAGGUUCAUCGUGCAAGAUUAAAGGGACAGGAGGUUGUUAUUAAAGUGCAAAGGCCUGGUCUGAAGGAUCUUUUUGAUAUUGAUCUUAAAAACCUGAGGGUUAUUGCUGAAUAUCUUCAAAAGCUUGAUCCAAAAUCAGAUGGUGCAAAGAGGGAUUGGGUUGCUAUUUAUGAUGAGUGUGCCUCUGUCUUAUAUCAGGAGAUUGAUUACACGAAGGAGGCUGCUAAUGCAGAAUUGUUUGGUAGUAACUUUAAGAACAUGGAUUAUGUGAAAGUUCCUACAAUAUACUGGGAUUAUACAACACCACAGAUUCUGACAAUGGAAUAUGUUCCAGGAAUUAAAAUAAACAAAAUACAAGCUUUAGAUCAAUUGGGUGUUGACCGCAAAAGGAUAGGAAGAUAUGCCGUUGAGUCAUACUUGGAACAAAUUUUAUCACACGGUUUCUUCCAUGCUGACCCUCAUCCUGGAAAUAUUGCAGUUGAUGAUGUCAAUGGUGGAAGAUUGAUCUUCUAUGAUUUUGGAAUGAUGGGGAGUAUCAGUCCAAACAUUCGAGAAGGUUUGCUUGAAGCAUUUUAUGGGGUUUAUGAGAAAGAUCCAGACAAGGUUCUACAAGCAAUGAUUCAAAUGGGAGUUCUUGUCCCUACUGGAGAUAUGACUGCUGUUAGAAGAACAGCACAAUUUUUCCUUAACAGUUUUGAAGAGCGCCUCGCUGCACAGAGGCUUGAGAGAGAAGCAGCAACAACUGAACUUGGAUUCAAAAAACCAUUAAGCAAGGAGGAAAAAAUUAAGAAGAGGAAACAACGUCUGGCUGCUAUUGGUGAAGAUUUAUUAUCUAUUGCGGCAGACCAGCCAUUCCGGUUUCCUGCUACAUUCACAUUUGUUGUUAGAGCCUUCUCAGUGUUGGAUGGCAUUGGAAAGGGACUCGACCCACGCUUUGACAUUACUGAGAUUGCCAAACCUUACGCCCUGGAGUUGCUGAGGUUCCGUGAAGCUGGGGUUGAGGUUGUCCUGAAGGACUUCAGGAAGAGAUGGGAUAGACAAUCUCAAGCAUUUUACAAUUUGUUCAGACAGGCUGAUAGAAUUGACAAGCUUGCUGAAAUUAUCCAAAGACUGGAGCAAGGUGAUCUAAAACUCCGAGUUAGAACUUUGGAAUCUGAGAGGGCAUUCCAACGAGUCGCUGCAGUCCAGAAGACUAUAGGAAAUGCAGUGGCUGCUGGGAGCCUAAUCAAUCUUGCAACUGUUUUGUAUCUGAAUUCAAUUCGUGUGCCUGCCAUUGUAGCAUAUAUCUUCUGUGCAAUCUUUGGUUUUCAAGUGCUCUUUGGCAUUGUAAAGGUCAAGAAGCUAGAUGAACGGGAACGAUUGAUAACAGGAACUGCAUAAACAGCUACAUGGUCUUUGCCAUGUCCUUUAUUUAUCGGGUUUUUGCUUGGGCUUAUCAUUGCAGAUUAACGACCGAGAAAUAGCUCAUGUUCAUUCAUGAUUACAACCUCAACAACCAGAGCAUGAAAAGAUGAAAUGAUCCGGAGAGAUGAUAGAAAGCAAUACCAGUAUUUCGAAAGACUUUCAGUAAGUACACAAAUUUGAAUUAGCAAGCGAUGGGGUGUAACUCCACCUAAAUUACCAAGGCUCUUAUAACCAGGAAGUACUUUAAGGAAGAAGAGCACCCUGUUGAUUAACAGCGAGUGCGAUUAAGUAGAGAAAUAUCACAAGUACUUAGAGCCACAUUUUUGUCAUUACACCCAACCUCACUCCCAAAACAAAAUAAUAAAUUUCAUGUAAUAGCCGUAUAGUAACUUGUAUAGGCAUGAUACAAACUUCGCAUAUAUUCACAGUUACAUUCCACUCCCGCAUUGAACCGAAAUUUGUCAAAGUUUAGCUAUUUUCUAUAUAGCAUGACUGUUGUAAUAACUAUAGUGUAUGAUGCAGCUUCCAACAAAAGUUGUAGAGGAAGCUUUGCCCGAAAUUGACUUCCAUGGAUUUGUUCAAUGAAAAAUGUCUGCAUGUGUCA